UCACAUUGUAUUUAGUCCAAAAUGUCGAAUUCGGGGCUAUUUGACGUGUAAAUUGUAACAUAUUUUUUCUACUAAAGUAUGAUUUAAGUAGUCUAAAUAGUUUUACUCCAAAUUCCAAAUAACUGUGACGAGUGUAAGACAAGUCUCUAGAUUAGUUAAUUAACGCAACAUAAGGACAAGGAAAAAGUGGUCCGAUGAGGUUCAGGUGUGAAACAAGUAGUUUAUCUUCCAUGUAGCAUUUUUGUCAUCUGUAUACAACCCACCCUCGUUUUGCUACAUCCAGGCUGCGAUGGGAUUACUAAUUUCAAAAAUAUGGAGUCUCUUCGGGAACGAAGAGCACAAGUUGGUGUUAGUGGGGUUGGACAAUGCGGGCAAGACUACCAUCCUGUACCAGCUGCUGCUGGGCGAGGCUGUUCACACGCGGCCCACGAUCGGCUCUAAUGUGGAAGAGGUUGUUUGGAAAAAUCUGCGGUUUGUCAUGUGGGACUUGGGCGGCCAACAGAGCUUGCGCUCCGCUUGGAACACAUACUACACUAACAGCGAGUUCGUGAUAAUGGUGAUCGACUCGACGGACCGGCAGCGGCUGGGCAUCAGCCGCGAGGAGCUGCACCGCAUGCUGGCGCACGAGGAGCUCGGCCGCGCGUGUCUACUCGUCUACGCCAACAAACAGGACGUGAAAGGUUCAAUGAGCGCAGCUGAAAUAUCCGAGCAACUGGAUCUGACGUCGAUCAAGCAACAUCCGUGGCACAUACAGGCGUGCUGUGCACUCACCGGAGAGGGGUUACAUUUAGGGCUCGAGUGGAUCGCGAGUCGGAUAAAAAAGAAAUGAUAGGCCACUGGUGAAGAUGAUGCGUUAUAUACUUAUAUUGUUAACUUUUAAAUUACUAUUAAAACCGGAUGACAGGAUUCCUUACGUAACGCACGGAAAUAGUAUCUAAAUAAGGGGAUAU